UUCCACGCGAUCAUUUUGAAGUGAAAGGCGGGCGGGGUGCACGUCGCAUACGAACAUACAUUUCCUACCAGUAACCUCAUUAAUCCGAGUGACGUAAACCUAUUGAACAUAGUCGUAUACGCCUGGAACGACUAAGUUAAUACGUAUCGAUGCAGCAUUGAUUCUUAGUGUACACGGACGUUAUAACAAGUAACCUUGCCCGGUGCAUUCAUUAUUCAGUGGCUACGCUAGGCUAUCAGGAUGGCGCCCUUAAAAGUUAAUCAUGAGGAUUCACAAUGAUGUCGAUAAUGGCAACAUACCGAUUGUAGAUAGAAAAAAUGUAUCACUUCGAGAUCCGGAAGGAAGAGUAAAAAGUGAUAGUUUAAUUCAAAGCAGUAACAUAGAUAACUUUCAUCUUUGGCAUAAUGCCAACGAGCAUAUAGACAAUAGAACGAAUUUUAAUUCUAUUAAUUCAAGAACAAAUGAGUCCGCAGUUUGUAACCACCUCUAUAAAUUGAGCAGGUUACGAGAACCAGAAAACACAAUUGAUGAAAAUAUUACAAACACUUCGAAAGAUAUUAUUACAACAGUAAAUACCAAUGAUUCAAAAAGUAUUACUUCCGUUAACGAAGAACAACCAUUUUAUGAUAUAUCAGAUACAGAAGAAAUGUCGGAGGAUAGUAUUCACCGAGUAUCAAGAGGAAUUGUAAAUCCAAAUUAUCCUGGCUUUCAACAUUUAGCUCAUACGCUUCAGGAGUAUAAUUCAAAUAUAGAAAACUUUUAUCACUCUGAAAAUGAAAUGACUGAUGAUGAUAUUGAUACGGACAUAACUGAUUUUGAAAUUAAGGAUGCCAAUGAAAAUUACAAAGAGCUUAACAAUAAUAAAUCAGAGUUCACUAACGGUCAGUUAAUAAAACUAGCCAAUAGCACUUUCGAAUCGACCAAGCAAAGUGACAUCCCUGAUCUUCUUAAAACGAUCUCAUCCAAUAACAAUAACGAUGACGCCAUAAAUUGCGAUAUUACUUUAAUAGGAAAUGAUAUAGAGAAUAAUUUUAAUACAAAAGAUAUAAUCGGCGAUUUCAACAAAGAAAUCGAAGAUGAAAUUAAACAAUUAUUAAACUACAAUAUUAACAUUCAAGAUGACUUGGAAGAUCUUCGAAAAGAUAUAAAAGACAAUUUCGAAAAACCAAUCGAAACUACAAUCAAUAAUAUAAGCGAAGUGGUAAAUCAUGUUAUAAAAAAACUAGUAAAAAGCGAUGUUGGUACUGAAACAAAAGGUGAAGUAAAUGCUGUCAACAUGAAUCAAACAAAUGAGGUUAAUGUGAGAAUGGAAAUUAACUUGAGCAGGCCUACAUUCUUAUUACUGGAUAACUGUCACGAACAAAUACAAGAUGCGGCUUUGUCCGACGGAAAAGAAGAAAUAAAUUUAAAUGAAGAUGAGUACGAUACGGAAAAAUUAAGCAAUAAUGUAGAGACUACAAUCAAGCAACUAAGCACAGAGUUGAGAAAAAUAAUUCCAAAAUUAAAUGAAAUGCGAGAACGUGAUAAGUUAUGGGCAGAUAGGCCUAUAAUAACUGAUGGUAACUCCAAUAGGAUUGUAAUGAAGUCGAGCAAUACGUCAAAUUUAAAAAAAGAUACACGUAAUCAAACCCAUUAUGAAAGCAACAGGCAAUUAAAUAAACACAACUACUAUCGUGUUCUGAAUAAAAACCCUGAAAAGGCUCAAAGUGGACCCAAAGAUCCUUCCAAAUAUGCUCAACAUAAUUCGUCCGUCCCUCAAGAUAAUAUUAAUGUAGCAGACAGUGAGUUGGAUACCUUCGAUGUUUAUAAUAUAGAAACAGCGCUGCCGAAGUUAGAUAUAGACACUAUAGAGAGUUACAUAAAGGCCGCGAAAGAGGCAGAAAGACGUAAACGAAAUGAUAGAGAGGAAAUCAGGAAAAGGUUAGCUAUGGGUAUAGAUUCAGAAGAAUACUAUAGUCUGGGUCACACAGACCGGCCAGGAAAAAAACCCAGCUUACAUUCACGAUUACAAAAUGGAAAAAAUUUACAAAUAUGUUUUAUGAAUGAGACAGCUUCUGAUAAUGAAUCUCAAUGUUCAGACUUGGACAGAAGUUUUAGUAGUAAUAGUAAAAGUUUAUCACGUUCAAGUAUAUUCAGCAAGAGUAGUUAUAACCAUCCUUAUCAGACGAGACCACUUUCUGUCAACAUAACAAAACAAGAUAAAAUAAACACCGUUCAGAGUGGUUUCAAGUUGCACCCUGCAUCUUUAAUAUCUAAAUCAUCCAAAACCCGUUCAACCCAAUCUUUGAAUCACAUUGAAUUAAAGGAAUCUGAUUUCUAUGCACUACAAGCAACACUGCAGACUGAAGCUAGAAUUGCCUUGGCACAAGCAAAGGAAUUGGCUCGCAUACAAAUGGAGCAUGAGCGAAGAAGUCGACCAGUUUCACCUGUCACUGAAAUGUUACGUCGUAGUAUGGAGAAGGCCAACGUGCCACUUGCACCUGAUCGUCGUCGCGUUUCAAGGCAGAUACUUACUGAUAUGAACAUAGCUCAAUUACAGGUGAUUGUAAAUGAGCUGCACUCUCAAAUUGAGUGUCUUAACGACUCACUUGUCAAACUUUUGAUGGCCAGAGACGAAUUACACAUGGGGCAAGACUCUAUGCUUGUUGAUAUUGAGGAUCUUACCCGAUAUUUAGGUGUUAAAGAACAAAGCAAGAAGUCCAAAGGCCCUACCAAGUCUGGAGUGAGGCGACUCACAGCACUGGUGCACAAAUAAACAUUGGUUUGGUAUUCAUGUUAUUGCUAUUAUAUCGGAACCUGCUGUUAUUAAUACACUGGGUAGAAAUAAUUUAUAGGUCAGAAAGAAAAAGUGCGGUAAUAAUUAUAAUUCAUGAUAAUAGUAUUAUUUAUUUAUAUUUUUGUGAUGUUAAUUAAGAAUAGUUUCUUACAAAUUACCCUGUAGGAGAUUGGUUAAAAGAACAAAAUAGAAAUGAAGUAACCUAAUACUAUAUUCAUAUAGGUGGCACAAACAAUAAAUACAUCCUAAUACUCCACAAAAAGUUUAAAUAAGCAUUUAUGCGUUUCUCUGUCUGAGAUCGACAAUUUUGUUUCGAAAUCUGACGUAUAGGAAGACUUGACAAUAGUUUGUAGUAAUAGUACUGAACACUGUCAGACGUCAAACUUCAAUUAUAUAUUAUGUCAUUUGACACGUAAGAACUUGCAAAACUUCUACUCUACUGACCCUACUCUACCGACCCUACUCUACUGACCCUACUCUACCGACCCUACUCUACUGACCCUACUCUACCGACCCUACUCUACUGACCCUACUCUACCGACCCUACUCUACCGACCCUACUCUACUGACCCUACUCUACUGACCCUACUCUACUGACUCCUACUUUAACAGUGAUGUUUAAAUGCAAUUUUUAAUAAACAAGCGAAUUUAAUUAAAAAAUUAAAGAAUAUUUUAUCAAAUAUCAUUUUUAAUGUUCGUGUCCAUUAUAUUUUUCUAUAUUUACCGUACUUUUUCGAGAUCCGAUAAAAAAUUUCUAUUGAUACAAUUUCAAAUUCUUAUGUAGUCAUAGUACAAUGUUAUAAUGCAUGGAACUAGUAUAUACAAUUGAAUAAUGUUUAUAUUUGUGUUUAGGCUAUAUGCUAUUUGCAAAUACCCAGUGAUUAAAAUAUAAUAUGGGAUUAAUAUUAGUAGGUUAUUAUGGUGCAACUUUUUAUCAAUAAUCUUGGCAAAUGUUAUUGGCAUUAAAUAUACGAUAGUUCGAAAGGAGAAAGACCGUCUUUAUGAAGCGUAACAUAUUUAUAAAUUUACUUGCAUUAUAAAUAAAUAAAGGUUUGCUUCUACCGGGUUCUAAAGUUAAUAGGUAUCUUGUUAAUGUUAAUCAUAGGCAACCAUAAUCUAAAGUUCAUUGUCUCGUCUAUUCAUUCUUGUU